AUGGGCUACGUCGGCUGGAUAGGCGGUAACAUGGGCGUCACCGACCCUACCAAGACGCACCAGGUCGAAAGUCAAAUCACCAAAGAACUACUAGCCUGCGGCGCCGUGCUUUUCUGCAAAACUAGCGUUCCGCAAACUCUCCUCAUCGGCGAUACCUAUAACAACAUCAUCGGCCGCACUCUCAACCCGCAUAACCACAACCUCUCCUGCGGCGGCUCAUCGGGAGGCGAGGCGGCGCUUAUGGCCUUGCGUGGAAGCACACUCGGCGUGGGUACCGACAUUGGCGGAUCGGUGAGGAUCCCAGCUGCGUUUUGCGGUAUCUUCUCCCUGAAACCGACUCCGGAACGAGUGUCGUACCGGGAUGCGGCGAAUACGAAUCCGGGGCAGAAUACGUACCGUUCUACACUUGGGUUUAUGAGCACUUCGCUUGAGGGGUGCGAGCUGGCUUUGAAGUCUGUGUUGUCCACGCGGCCGUGGUUGCAGGAUCCGGCUGUUGUGCCGAUUCCUUACCGGCAGGAGGUUCUUAAUGAUGUAUUGUCUCGUGCGGACGCGAGUGGUAAGGCGAAGGCUGAUAGGCCACUGAAGCUGGGUAUCCUGUGGAGAGACGGCGGUGUUGAGCCUCAUCCGCCUAUUCGUAGGGGAAUGGCGAUUGUUGCUCAGGCAGUGAAGAAGGCUGGUCAUAAGCUUGUGGACUGGAAUCCUCCGCCUCAUGCAAUUGCUCAGAAGAUCCACUACUCCUUCCUCCUAGCCGACGGCGCCCGCGACGUCCACGACAACCUCCUCCUAUCCGGCGAGCCCCUCAUCGCCGACCUCCAAGCAUACUUCAACCUCAAAGACCCCAUCCCGCUACUCGAAUACCAAGACUUGACCGUCCAAGGUCUCGCCUACGAGCAAGCCUACUCCGAUUACUGGAACUCCAUGUCAGGAGCCGGAGAUGAUGACGGCCAAGAAGUCGACGCCAUCAUCAUGCCCGUCGCGCCCCACGCUGCCGUGAUUCCGGGGAGGUAUUACCACCUUGGUUAUACGGAGGUGGUCAACUUGCUGAAUUAUAGCGCGGCGGUGAUCCCGGUUACGAAGGCGGAUAGGGGGGUUGAUGCGGUUGAUGAGGCUUAUGAGCCGGUGAAUAAGGUUGAUAGGGCAAAUUGGGAGACUUAUGAUCCAGAGAUUUACCAUGGUGCGCCGGUGGGAGUGCAGAUUGUUGCAAGGAAGUUUGAGGAGGAGAAGGUGUUGGGUAUUGCGAAGUUGGUUCAUGCUGCGCUUUUGAAUGUCCAGUCCGUCUGA